CUUGACUUCUACUAUCAUGGCAGAGUGUAAUCAAUGCGACCGUUCAUUUCGUUCUACUCAGGCAUUGUUUGCCCACUGUCGCGACAAAGCUGACCACCCCUUCUGCGAGGAUUGCGAUAGACUAUUCUCUACUUUUACUGGAUUGGAUCUGCACAUGCAAAACGCUGCGGUACAUCGCAGCGACAGUGAAUCAGACGAGUAUGCGUUCGAGAGCGAUGAUGAUGAUUCGGAUGACGAUGACUCGGAUGACGAAGAACCGUUCUGUGCGGGAUGCAACAGGUGGUUUGUUGACUUGGCAAGCCUUUAUCAGCACCUUGCUACCAGCUCAAAGCACAACUGGUGCUUUGUGUGCUCACGCGAUUUUGCCACCCCGACCUCAUUGGAUCAACACUCAUCCUCCCCUGUGCACAGGGGCCUGGAUUUCGAGUGUCCUUUGUGCUCAAAGAGGUUUAAGACCCCUUCCUCGAUCGCCCUUCACAUUGAGUCGGGGACUUGUCACAAUAUCUCACGAGCCCAAGUAACCGCGGCAGUCCAUGCACUCAAUAUAGUGCCUACGAUUUCGGUCUCUCGCCGCAUAGAAGGCGGAUCGACUCGCAUUGUGUCUUACUAUGUGACAGAGCGCGCAUUCAACGGGACUGCUUACGAGUGUUAUCUCUGCCACCGUACUUUCCGUACCUUGGGGGCUCUGAACUCCCACAUCAACUCUCCGGCGCAUGACGCGGAUGAGUUCAAGUGCCCAAAGUGCAAGAGGAAGUACAAGUUGGUUUCAGGCCUGAUGCAGCACAUUGAAAGCGAAGCGUGUGGAAUCGCGAGGUUCCAAAUGGUGGAGGACUUUACGACGAGCUUGAUUGACCAGUUUAUGAAGCGCUUGAAACUUUAACUUCUUUUGAAAAGGGAAUAUGUACUGUAAGUGUAACAUACAUGGUGUAUUUCUACGAGAAAGUGAAUCAGAAUCGGUUUGUCUCUU